AUGUCGUUAUUUGUGUUCGAUGCACCUUAUUUAAAAGAAAAAGUUACUUUUAAAGAUAGUUUUGAAGAUCUCAUCGAAGGCGAGUUAUUGGUGAUGCAUGGGGCUGAUUUGGAAGAUUUUAGUUGGUCUUAUACGGAGGAACCACAUGCAAGCAGACGAAAUGAGAUAAUCCAGAAGUAUCCGGAAAUCAAAAAAUAUUUCGGUAUCGAUCCGUCAUUCAAGUAUGUCGUCGUAGCGAUGGUUUUCGCACAGUUCAGCAUUGCUUGGCUUUUGCGAGAUUCGGAUUGGUUAUUAAUUUGUUUGCAAGCAUAUUUUACUGGUGGUACCAUUGGACAUUCACUUACAUUAGCCGUUCAUGAAAUAUCCCAUAAUAUGGCAUUCGGUUGUGCUCAACCCCUUGCGAACCGCUUGUUUGGAUGUAUUGCUAAUCUACCGAUGAUGGUACCUAUGUCGGUUUCCUUUAAGAAGUAUCAUUUGGAGCACCAUCGCUACAUGGGUGAAGACGUAUUGGAUACUGAUAUACCGACGAAUUUUGAAGCACGAUACUUCCGCCGUACUUUGGGGAAAUUGUUAUGGGUCUUUCUCCAGCCGUUCUUCUAUGCUUCAAGACCAUUUCUUAUUUAUCCAAAAGCCAUCACAGAUUUAGAAAUCCUAAAUGCUCUACUUCAAAUUUACACUGAUUAUAUCGUUAUCAGUUUUUUCGGUUGGAAAGCUUUUGCAUAUCUGUUGGGCGGGUUUUUCGUUGGAUCGGGUAUUCAUCCACUUGCUAGUCAUUAUAUUUCUGAUCACUAUGUUUUCAAUCCUGGACAGGAAACAUACAGUUAUUAUGGACCGAUAAACUUAGUAACAUUUAACGUUGGUUAUCAUAUUGAACAUCAUGAUUUCCCAUAUGUAUGUGGCAGUAACCUUCCGAAGAUUAGAGCCUUAGCUCCGGAGUAUUACAAAGGUUACAUGGUGCAUUCAAGUUGGAUUUACAUGAUGUACGAUUUCAUUACAAAUCCAAAAAUGUCUUUACAUUCCCGAACCAAGCGAAAGACGGCAAAACCAACGGAUGUACACUUUUUCGAUAUUGGACCAAAUACUUCCUGUUUCAUCUAUAAGUUCUUCUCAUCUUUACUCAGAGCAAGACUGUUUCUGUUAAAAGAUAAAACGGGCUGAUUUUCUUUGAAUCAGGAGGUUGUAUCGGUUUAUCAGUAAUUUAUCGACAUUAUUUCUUAUUCGAUUUUCUUACGGUUCAUCCACCGUAUGCAUAAUGAUGUUUUUUAUACGGUACUGCCUGUUUCAUCAGUUUUGUCCUUUGCUAUUUUUUGCUCAUUCAUAUUUAUAAUUAACUUUUUCUAAGCUGUGGAGGAAAUCAUUCAUUAACUUGUGAAAUUUCAACAUUCAAAUUGUAAUAAUCGCGUUUUAUUGUAUUGUUGUUAUAUUCUAUAUUUCUCGCCUUAUCUUGCAUUUUAGUCUUGUAUCUUACAUUCGGUAACUCACAAAAAUAAGGCUCCAAGGAGGGAGAGAAGGGAGCUGAAAGGUUUUUAAAAUAUUCCACUGUCAG